AGCAGCGUGAAUUGUUGCAGGAAGCAUGGCAAGAUUUGUUCUCGCAGGGAAGGCAGAUUGCCCUCAUUAUGCCAAGGCAGAGCUUCUUGCAGACUCUCUUCAUAGAAAACUGCCUGACUUUCGUAUCCACAAAAUAUGUGUACACCCAACUGAAUGGAAUAAAUGGCUUGAAAACACUUGUGGCAGUAAUGGCUGGAAACAUGAACAAUCUCCUUUGGUGUGGCGAGAACUUGUUGAUAGAGGAGGGAAAGGGAUGUUUCUGGGUGGUUACAGUGACUUCAUGGAACACAUACAGGGUUAUUAUGGCAUUACUUCUGAUGUGAAAACAGACUUGAUGCUGGAGAUUGCGGAAGAAAACCUCCAGACAAAGAAUCUGUGUAUGCAGGAGGAAGCACUGAGGCGCAGUCAAUGUCCUCUACAUGUUUGGAUAAGUAGCGCCCUGCACCCGACAUGCUACUCUCUGAUACCCCGACUCCUCAGCCCUGAAGUGUUCCCCAGUGACCCCCUCAUCAGUCUCCAUCUCCUGGACCCGGCGGGAGGGGACGAGGACCUGUACACACUGAGGCAGGAGGCUGAGGACCUGUCAUCGCCCAAGCUGCACAGCAUCACCAUCCACAGUCACCUGGACGACUGCGUCUUCAAACAGGCCCGCAUCAUUAUCUUCCUCGAUGAUUGGCAACAUGGCGAGGAGGAGGAGGAGGAGGCGGCAGGAGAGGCGGUGGCGCACAUGGAUCAGGCGGCGUUGAGGAAAAUGGCCGCACAGUACCGGCACUAUGGGAAACUCAUCAACUCGAGGGCAGACAAGUCUGUGCGCGUGAUGGUUGCCGGGGACUCUUUCGUCAACCUGAAGUGUUCUCUGCUGCUGGAGAGCGCACCCUCUGUGGACUCCAGUCAUUUUGUUGCUAUGGGAACACAGCUGGAGUGCGAGGCAAGAGCGCAGAUCGGCAAGAAGCUUGGCGUCAAGACAGCAGAUGUAACUGAUGUUUUCAUUUGGGGAAACAUCAGUGGCCAUUUCUGCAUGGACUUCCAGAGGACGAGGGUCUUUCGAUACGAAGGUGCCAUUUCUGGGCCUGCCAGCUUCUCUCUUCCACUUUUGGAAAUGGCAUAUAACAGACAGACUUUUGAGGCUGACAUUAUGAGCUGUGUGGGUUUGCAACGUCCCACGGUGACCUCGAGGGCUAGAGGAGCCGCAGCCUUGUCAGCAACCAACGGGAUAUGCACCCUCCUGCAGGCCUGGGACAAGACCUGGACCUCUGGAGAAGUCUUCUCUCUGGGCGUGAUGAGCAACGGACAGUAUAAUGUUCCCAAAGGCCUGGUGUUCUCAAUGCCUGUCGUCUUCAAUUGUGGACAGUGGUCGAUAUUGCCUGAUUUGGCCAUAUCUGAUGAACUGGCGAUAAAAAUAGAAGACUCAAUUAGUCAACUUAAAACAGAAAAAGCAAAUGCUGGGAAAUAAAUUAUGCUGCACAGGAAGGACAUCAGAACUAUUCAAUGAUUUUAAUAAACAAAAUGAUCUGAUUACAGUGAAA